UCUCUCCCCCUCCCUCCCUCCCUGUCCAGCUGGACUUUCCUCCCGCAGCCAUGAGCUCCGGAGCGGCAGCAGGGCCGAUCUUUGCCGAGGGUGAGGAUUGCAGGGCGGCCUGGAGGGAAGCCAAGGCCGGCUACGAUGAGCCCGAUGCCCACCUGGAGAUCCUGGGCAAGCCGGUGAUGGAGCGCUGGGAGACGCCCUACAUGCACUCACUGGCCACCGUGGCUGCAUCCAAGGGCGGCCGCGUGCUGGAGGUGGGGUUUGGCAUGGCCAUCGCCGCCUCCAAGGUGCAGGAAUUCGGCAUCGACGAGCACUGGAUCAUCGAGUGCAACGAGGGCGUUUUCCGGCGCCUGGAGCAGUGGGCCAAGGCACAGCCGCACAAGGUGGUGCCCCUGAAGGGGCUCUGGGAGGACGUGGUGCCAACGCUGCCGGACGGGCACUUCAGUGGGAUCCUGUACGACACCUACCCGCUGUCAGAGGACACCUGGCACACGCAUCAGUUCAACUUCAUCAAGGGCCACGCCUUCCGCCUGCUACGGCCAGGAGGGGUCCUCACCUACUGCAACCUCACCUCGUGGGGCGAGCUGCUCAAAACCAGCUACAGCGACAUCGAGAAGAUGUUUGAGGAAACCCAGGUGGGGCCGCUGCUGCAGGCGGGGUUCAGGAGGGAGAACAUCAGCACGAGGGUGAUGGAGCUGCAGCCGCCCCCCGAGUGCCGCUACUACUCCCACCCCAGGAUGAUCACCCCCACUGUGCUCAAACACUGAGGGCUGGGAGCUGAGGAGGAGGAGGAGGAGAACAGCUCUGAUCUCCUUAAAAUCCUUCAGAGAUGGGUGGAGGCUUGGGAUGGACAAAAGGAGAGGAAAGCCCCAGCCCCAGGAGCUGCCUGUCCUGCAGGGAUCUUGUGGGCUCUGUGGAAGAUCUCACCCUGCUCUGUCCCCUCAAGACUUCAAAUUCUCAAUAAAGCUGGAAUUUCA